UUCUUUGGACUUUGUUUACUUCCUGUUAUUCAAACACGACCCGUUUUAAUUGACCUAAACGAAUAACGAUGUCGGAACUAAGUAUCUCGAUGAAUCUUUCACUCCGGAACAUAAACAUGAGCGUGCCGAGUAAAAUGAUGACUUGAACGAGAGCAAUUUGCGCCCUGGUGUUGAAGCUCUCAGGCUUCAGCAGGAUAUGAUGUCUCAGAGGUUUUGUUGGCUGCUCCUCCUCCUGAUCGCCGUCUCUCUGCUGCUCUGGUACAAUCACAUAACCAAAACAAUAGAAGUAGUUCUAGGACUUCGUGGCUAUGUGAGAAUUUUGCCCCCCAGGUCAAGGUCACAACAGUACCUGGCGCUGCGCUGUGCCAGCUGUGCCGUCGUCUCCAGCUCGGGUCAGGUGCUAGGCAGCAGAUGUGGGCGUGAGAUUGACGGUCAUGAAUGCGUGAUCCGCAUGAACGCAGCACCGACACAACGCUUUGAGACGGAUGUGGGAAAUAAGACGACGGUCCGUGUGGUCUCACACUCCAGUGUGCGACGUCUGCUGCAACGUGAGGCCUAUUUCUUCAAUCAAGAGUCAAACACACGCUAUGUGGUUUGGGGUCCUGAGCGGAACAUGAGGCACGACGGCAAGGGCCGUGUGUUCAACAUGCUGGUCAAACUGGCAUGGAAAUACCCAAGAGCGCACAUCUACACUGUGAGCAGGGAGAAGAUGAUGCAAUGUGAUCGUGUCUUCCAGGACGAGACUGGCAAGAACAGAAGGAAGUCUGGAGCAUUCCUCAGCACCGGCUUUUUCACUAUGAUUUUUGCGCAGGAUAUGUGCGACAGCAUUAACGUUUACGGGAUGAUAGACGGAUCAUAUUGCAGUCUCACCAAUUCCUCUUCAGUGCCGUAUCACUAUUACGAGUCGAAUCGUCUAGACGAGUGUGGCAUGUACAGAGUGCACGAGCGUGUGCGGAGAGGCGGCCAUCGCUUCAUCACAGAGAAGCAGAUCUACAGACGCUGGGCAUUACAGGGAAAAUUAAAAUUCCAGUAUCCACCAUGGUGACGAACAAGAACCCCAACACCUCUGUGCUAGAUAAGAGCACGCUUAGAGUCUUUCCUCAAACUGCUAUAAGACGUCCAAAAAAUGAUGAAUGUGAAACUGACAUAGGAACUGGGGUCACGUUACAUGUUACAUUCAAUCUUAACCAUUUCAAUUGAUCCAUUUCAGGAGUGUUUGAUUUCCUAGUGAUUUGUUACAGCAGCUGGUCUGUUUUUAUUAUGUUGGCUUUGUAGAAGCCAACAUUCUGUUUUCCUAUUUAAGCUUAGACAAAAAUUUAUAAAAAUUUAAUCCGGCCUAGAGCUUUCGAGCCACAUGAACCAAAUUCGGAUAUGUUGUAGACCCUGGUCUGAUGUUUGUUGCUAUUACUUUUCUAAGCGAUCCGAGUACCGGUACUUCCGGUACCGGGUCUCAAAGUGGCCUUUUUUCCCAUAGACUCCCAUUAUAAACUUUGGAGGUUUAUAACUCGGCAAGCUUUCGAACUAUCUACACCAAACUCGGCCAGCUCCUUUAGGGUGAUACUCUGAACAAACUUUUAAAUUGGUGUACCGACUGGCCUUUCGGUUGUGCCGCAGCCCCGCCCCCAAAAUAUGCAAAAUCAAAAAAACUUUUUACGACAUGGACAUGUGACAUAUCAAAACACUCAGAACAAUGAGGGAAACCUCCUCACAUGUAUUCUGAUGACGUAACAUGACGUCACGUGAUGUCACAUGAAAAUCAAAAAUUAGCACAACAUGGAUAAGUGACAUAUCAAAAAAAUCAGCCCAAUGUGGGAAACUUCCUCAGGAGUAUUUGGAUGAUGUCACAUGCUUGUCUCCGCUUACCUCCAAAUGUUUUGGCAACCUAGCUUUCUGUCCACUUGCCUCCAAAAGCAACACUAACCCUUAUAUCCACUUGCCUCCAAAAAGCACCAUCCGUUGCGAAUACUUGCAUCGUCAAAGCCAACAUCAAAGUUUGUCGCGACAAACUUUACAAAUCUAGUUUUAUUUGUUUGUUUUGUUCCGGAUUUCAUAAGGAAGCCUGGUCAUGGGAGGUCACAUGAGGUCGCAUAAGGCUGUGGUUACUAUGGAGUUCGCUGUUAGACCUGUGACGUGUAAAGUACUAAUCGAGUGCUGAAUCUAUUAGUAAAAUACUGAUUGUAAUGUAGUUGAUUGAGCCAGGCACAUUUCUUGUUUUAAAAUAUAUAAAUAAGCAGUUCAACAUCUCAGAAUCUGAUGCCUUCAAAUUUAGCAGUUGGAAAACCUUACCGCAUUUUGUGUAGAAACACUUUUUAACAAAGACACAAUAGAGGUUCUUGAGAGUAAACACUCAAAAUCAAUAAAAUAAGAUUUUUUUUUCCUCUCAGUAAAUAGCAUAAAUUAGCCAGAGAACAUAGGAAUACGGAGUGAUUGACAGGUUAACCCCGCCCCUUCCUCUGUCUCACGUUAGACUCAUCCGUCUCACUUUAGCGUGGAAUAAAACCCAACAAUGUUUUACUGUAUUGUAUAGUGUAUACUAUAUAAUUAACCUGGAUUCAGAUUUCAUCCAAAAAUAUUACAAAAACAUAUUUCCAGCCAAAGAAAAAGGUUCCAGGCAAAAACGUCCAGGCAAGUAAAAAAAAAAAAAAAAAAAAGUAAUUGAUUAUCCAUCGUCAGAAAUAGAUGAUCCAUCCAUUUACGUUGUUAAUUACUAACGUAGAACUCGACACGAAAUAUUGCCUGAAAAAAAGCAGGUUUUAUGACGAUGAUCAUAGAAUCUUUACCUAGUUGCUUGUGCUAACGUUAAGACAGGAAAACAGGGAAUUACACACUUUAAUGCUUUAAUCUUUUUUAUUUUUUUUAUUUAUUUAUUUAUUUUUUCAGAUUUGACAUUAGUAUACCUUAAAAGCAAAAGUGUUCCUCUCUAAAAGCCUUGAAUUGUAUGCAGACACUUGCAGUGUGAUACUGUUUACAGACCGAUUACUGAUGACUUGCAGGUCUGAGUGAUGUUUAAAAAAAAAAUCCAAACAUCUCAUUUUAUUAUCACUAUUAUUAUAGACCCUUUAAAAUGCUGCCACAUCUCAUUCCUGACAGAACUGUUGCUCUGACUGAGGAAUAUGUUUACAAAAGAUAAGUGCAUAUGUCAUAGCUUUCAUAACCUCGUCCUCAUGAUGAAAUUUAGCUCGCAAUCAUAAAUUGAUUUUGGAAGCAUUAGCGAUUUUAAUCUACCUGUGCCGGUCAGUUUGAACCAAGACCUUUGUUAAAUAUUAAAGAAGAUGUUUCUUUCAGUUAAAAAGGUCUUAUUUGACAGGUAGUAAGAUUAAAAAUACAUCAAUAAAUAAAGAAAACAUUGUAAUAAUAUUGCAAAUCGAAAAAAGUCAUAUUGGCAUAUGCAUUCUAGUCAAACCAAAGGAAUUUAUUAACAUGCUGCUCUUUUACUGCUUCUAUGUUAAAUUCAUCACUGGCAGCUGGACGUAUGAAACUCUAAUCAGGAAAUUUGCAUGCUAAAAUGUUUACCUGUACAGGCUGUGAUCACUGUCAUAGAUACUUCACUGCAAUUUUAAACAUUUUAUGGAUAAUUAUCUCAACUCGUAUAGCUAUAACAUUAAGACGACUUCUACGAAUUAUUGUUUUUUUUUCGUCUUUCAGAUUUCUGCCUUUUUUUUUGGAGUAAAUAUUAAAUGGGAUUUUUUUAGAGCACUGAUUCUCUUUUUAUUUACACUGUCGUGCAUACUGAAUGUUUAUCCUUUGACUAACUACAAAACAAUGUUAUAAUGCCACUUUGAGUCAUUCACUCUCGUCUGUUUUUGAGCUAGACUUAUGUAUUUAUUUGUAUAGAGCGUCAGCUAAUUUGUGUGAAUUUGCUUGUGUGUUAUUCUAAAGCUGUGCAUUGCACUUUCAGUCCCUUUAAACAUUUAACUUUAUUUUCUUGAAAUUAUGUUAGGAAUGCUUUUGUUAAUGUUGUGGUGGCAUGGGAAAAGCCUUCACAUGGUCAAAUAUUUGCACAUUUAUUAUUAAAACUAUGACAUAAAAAUAAAAGAAAGACUGAAUUUAAUUUGUAGAAAAAAGUUACAGAAGUUCACAUGUAGAACUGGUCCACUGUUUGCAAUACCCCCUUCUACUGUUACAUUAAAUGUGAUACAUU